UCCGCGCGAAGAUUAGCGGAGCUCCGUGUCUUUUUUUUUUUCGAGUUGGUUUUCAGUCCCGUCGCUCCUGAGCCCGAGUCACCGCUUUUAUUCUUCUUAUUCUUCACUUUUUCCACCUCUGAAAAUGUCCCGAAGCUUCGUGUAAAACCUCCGCUCCCUGCGAUGUGUCGUCAAAGCCACAACUGGACCGAACCGCACCGAAAACCCUCCGACUUUUUCACAUCGGAGGAGUAAAGUUCUGACCGCAGCUCCUGGGAUUUCCUCGACUUACAACGCGGGGUUUUCGCUGUUUUUCGUGGAUUUAAUUCGACUUUUUCUCCACGAACGUAUCGGACAUGCACCCCGCGGUGAUUUCCAACCUUAAAGUCGCAAAAGGAUAUGAAGCCGGAGGGAGGACGGUCUGAGUGACUUUGUGUCUGCGCUCAGGAUCGAACCGUUUCCGUGGGAGAUUUAACUCGAUGUAAAGGAUUUUUUUCGGGGGGGGAAACACGAUGGAUAUAUUUCCUCGUCCGAGCAGCGAGAUCCAGAGGAGGAACCCGCAGCACGACUUCGAGCUGAUCCAGAGAGUCGGCAGCGGCACCUACGGAGACGUCUACAAGGCGAGGAACAUCCAGACGGGGGAACUGGCCGCCGUGAAGAUCAUCAAACUGGAGCCAGGGGACGACUUUUCCAUCAUCCAGCAGGAAAUCUUCAUGGUGAAAGAAUGUAUGCACCACAACAUCGUGGCCUACUUCGGGAGCUACCUCUGUCGUGAGAAGUUGUGGAUCUGUAUGGAAUACUGCGGAGGAGGAUCUCUGCAGGACAUUUACCACGUGACUGGACCUUUGUCAGAACUUCAGAUCGCCUAUGUGUCCCGAGAGACGCUACAGGGUUUGGGAUAUCUGCACACGAAAGGAAAGAUGCACCGAGACAUUAAGGGGGCGAAUAUUCUCCUCACAGACAACGGGGACGUGAAGCUCGCUGAUUUUGGAGUCGCUGCUAAAAUCACGGCCACGAUCGCCAAAAGAAAAUCCUUCAUCGGAACGCCGUACUGGAUGGCCCCUGAAGUGGCGGCGGUGGAGAAAAACGGCGGGUAUAACCAGCUGUGCGACAUCUGGGCCGUGGGCAUCACCGCCAUCGAACUGGCCGAGCUCCAGCCGCCCAUGUUCGACCUGCAUCCCAUGAGAGCUUUGUUCCUGAUGUCCAAGAGCAACUUCCAGCCUCCCAAACUAAAAGACAAAAACAAAUGGUCGGCCGCCUUCCACAGCUUUGUCAAAAUUUCUCUGACCAAGAAUCCGAAGAAGAGGCCCACGGCGGAGAAACUUUUAUCGCACGUGUUCGUGGCUCAGACCGGUCUGACCCGGAGACUCGCCGUCGACCUUUUGGAUAAAAUGAACAACCCAGAAAAUCACCAGCCGUACGGAGAAGUGGACGACGACGAUCUGGAGCCGAUCGCCGUCAGACACACCAUCAAGUCCAGCAAGAAACAGAACAAAGCCGAGCGGACGUCGUCAGAAGUCGACUCCGAUAAGUUGGAGUUCCAUCCGCCCAUUCGCAAAGAGACCGAGGCACAUUCAGAGAUGGAUGUGAAUAAAGAAAACGACUUCUCUUCAGCCUGGAGUCCGUUUGCAGAAGGAGGAAUUUCCUCCAGCGGACACGUGGCUCCUCUGGAAGACGCCUUUGAAGAUGUGGAAAUAUCGACUCUGAAACCCGGAGUUCCCCCUCCACUGCCCCCAAAGCCUCGCUUGAGUUCGUCGGACGACGUGGGUCUGAACGACGAGCGCUCUCUGACGGUGAAGAGGUUUCCAAGCUCCGAGAACGGUCCUGGCCCGACGGCACGAAGGAAAUCCACCCCGGAGCAGGGACACAAAGCGGAGAACCAGCCGGACUAUCUGUCUGUGAGCGUGAGCAGCCCCGGGAUCCUGUCGCACUCCUCAGACCCCGACAACGACUCGGACGACACUGUGAACGGAGACGGACCUCGACCUGCUCAGAGCCGACAGCACCGCAGAGACAAGAAGGACUUCCCCAAACCGGCCAUCAACGGACUUCCUCCCACUCCCAAAGUCCUGAUGGGGGCGUGUUUCUCUAAAGUGUUCGACGGGUGUCCACUCAAAAUCAACUGUGCCACGUCCUGGAUCCACCCCGACACAAAAGAUCAGUAUCUGAUCUUUGGGACGGAGGACGGGAUCUACACUUUAAAUCUGAACGAGCUGCAUGAAGCCACCAUGGAGCAGUUGUUUCCUCGUCGUUGCACUUGGCUGUACAUCAUCAACAACAACCUCAUGUCUCUCUCAGGUAAAACGUUCCAGCUUUAUUCACAUAACCUCAUCGGUCUGUUCGAGCAGCUCAAGAAACCAGGACUCGCCGCUCAGUUUCAGACGCACCGUUUCCCCGACAAAAUCCUGCCCAGGAGAUUUGCUCUGACGACGAAGAUCCCAGAUACUAAAGGAUGUCACAAGUGCUGCAUCGUGAGGAACCCGUACACAGGACAUAAGUAUCUGUGUGGAGCUCUUCAGUCUGGGAUCGUUCUGCUGCAGUGGUACGAGCCCAUGCAGAGGUUCAUGCUCAUCAAGCACUUUGACUUCCCGCUGCCGUCUCCUCUGAAGGUGUUUGAGAUGUUGGUGGUCCCGGAGCAGGAGUACCCGCUCGUCUGUGUGGCUCUGUCCCGCGGCUCUGAGCCCGGCCAGCUCGUCCGCUUCGAGACCAUCAACCUCAACUCCUGCUCCUCCUGGUUCACCGAGAUGGGCAUGAACAGUCAACAGGUGGACGCCAUCCACGUGACUCAGCUGGAGAGAGACACUGUCCUGGUGUGUCUGGACCAAAAUUUGAAGAUCGUGAAUCUUCAGGGGAGACUAAAGUCGAACAAGAAACUGGCGUCAGAGCUCAGUUUUGACUUUUGUAUCGGGUCUGUGGUUUGCCUUCAGGACUCGGUGUUGGCCUUCUGGAAACACGGGAUGCAGGGAAAGAGCUUCAAGUCCAACGAGGUGACUCAGGAAAUCUCUGACCCCAGCAGAGUUUUCCGCCUCCUCGGAUCUGACAGGGUGGUGGUGUUGGAGAGCCGACCCACAGAAAACCCCACGGCCUUCAGUAACCUCUACAUUCUGGCUGGACACGAGAACAGUUACUGACCCUUUUCCCUCGUCCAGUUCGUCCAGCGUUUGGGAGAAUAAACCUUAAAAUAUCUGAACUUUUUCCUUCUCAACUGCAAAACGGAUGCGGAUGUACAUUUUUGGGAAUUACUGACCAAUUUUUUUUACAGAGGUCAAGUCACGUGAAGCCUUGUUACAAAAAACGGACAAUUUACGUCGGACUCUUUUUGUUACUUUUAAUCGUCUAAUCUCCUGGUGUUUCUGCGUAAAAGUGCCAAUUUUAAUCAGUCGGGAAGGUUUUUUUUUUUUUGUGAUAAAUCGAACAUCCCUAACGCCAUAUUUAGAGGUAUUUAUUAAACUCGUCGUCGAAACGGUUCGGGGCGUUUGAUUCGUCCCGUGGGAUUUAAAGAACGACCUUUUUCUGAGCAGCUUUGGGUUUGGUUGUAAAAUCGUAGCGUCGUUUUUUUUUUUGUGGUUUGAAAAGUUUCUGUACGUUGUGGCGUCCGUCGUCUCCCGUCGUCUCCUGUCGUCGUCCCCGUCGUCUCCCGUCGUCUCCCGUCGUCUCCCGUCGUCUCCCGUCGUCUCCCGUCGUCUCCCGUCGUCUCCUGUCGUCUCCCUGUCGUCUCCCGUCGUCUCCCGUCGUCUCCCGUCGUCUCCCGUCGUCUCCCGUCGUCUCCCGUCGUCUCCCGUCGUCUCCCGUCGUCUUUUAGAGCUUUUAUUUCCGUCAUUUGCACCGUGUAAGCACUUUUGUACAUUUUUUAAUUUAAAUGACAAAAUGAGGGACGAUGCUCGGUUUUUCUGUCAUCUCUGCAUUCCCCUUUUGCAAAACUGUAAUGUCCUUCUGUUUUUGUAAUAAAAACAAACGCAGAUGUAACGAAA